GCGUGCACAAACACCCUUCCAGCACAUGGGGUCACAGUGAUCGGUGCCUUGGCACACAUGCACUACGCCGGCAAGUCCUUGAAGGCCUACCGCACGAGGCGCGGACGCACUGAGAUGCUCUUCGAGCAGCGGGGGUUCGACUUCAAUCGUCAGGCUGUGAUCUACAAAUCUUUCAAGCUUCUGGCUGGGGAUGUGAUCUCAUGGACAUGCACCUGGGACUUGAGGAACCUGGGUGACAAGGUCUAUGGCUUGAGCUCUGAGGAUGAGAUGUGCCAGAUCUUCCUGGCUGCCAACCCUCCCCUGCCGUUCGCACGAGCCACGCUGGGCAUCCCCAGCCAAGGAGAUGAGUACGGCGUUUGCGGCACACGUGCCUGCUUUGACUUGGAGGAAUGUUCGGCGCUGGCACCGCACAGCAACGAGUUCCACAAGAUUGAAGUUCAGCCUUUGACAGCCGAGGAGGGUCCACAGCGCGAGCUCUAUGAGCUGCUUGUGGAGGCAGAGGCGACUCCGCCUGUGAACAACUGGAUCUUUCCGCAGAGCAUGAUCGUGCAUCUUUUCAUCAUCUCGGUGACCUACAAACUUGUGACACUGCUCUACAGUCGAAGACUUGAGGGUCGCGUGAAUGUCCUAAAGAGAUCCUUGAACUUCAUGUUCUCCUUGCUUGGAAUAAUUGUGGGCACGCUCAUCGCCUGUCAUCCGGAAUGGUUCCUGUCCGAAGCUGAGAAGGUCUACUCGGUGGACGAGGCCAUUGGUAGCUCCUUCUGGUCUUUGAGUGCCUGCGCAGAUUGGGUGGGCAUCGCCUAUGUCUUCGAGCUCAUUGUCAGAGGCAGCAAUGAAUGUUUGCGCUGGGAUAUGGCUGUGCACCACUCGGCAACCAUUGCCAUCAUUGGCAUGUUGCGCAACGCCUUCGCCUACGAGUAUGCACCGCAAUUCUAUGCAAGCAUAGCAGCCUGCUUGCUCCUGCAUGUUGUCACGGAUGUUCCUGUGUUGUUCAUCUUCGCCGUUCGUGGUGUCUCUGACAAGACUUGCUUCAAGAGGAGCCUUUUCGCUGCAGCAUGGAUCAAGCUCGCAAUGCAUACGGCGAUCAAUGUUUGUUCCUUCCUUCUUUUCGUCUCAGGCGCCAACAAUUUUCGCCUGGCGACAGUAAGCUUCGCUUCUUGGCUGAAGACGGGCUACAACAAGGAUCGUCCUCUUGCAACAGAUGCAAUGCGACGGUUCGAUUGGGCCGCAGUGCUCCAUGUCGGUCUUCCAGUAUUGCUGUCCAUCCUCUUCCUUACGCAGUUGUGGACGACGUGGGUGCUCCUGCGCAUGAGCCGCCGCACAGUGGCUGAGAGUGCUGAGAAUCGUGCAGGCACGGUAAAGACACACCAGCCCAAUCUGAGUCUGUGCAAAACCACAUGA